AUGCAGUGGGUCAUCCCUAAAGCUCAACUUGAUACUCUCUUGCGUCAAUAUGGAUCACCACAAGUUGAGUAUAAGAAAAGAAGGGAAUAUUGCCAAAAAAUUAGAGCAAUUGGUAAAGAAUUAAAUUUAAGUAGUAAAAUAAGUGCAUUGUCUCAAAUUAUAUUUAUGCGUUAUUUUCUUUAUAAUUCAUUGAAUAGUUGUGAUCCAUUGUAUGUACUUUCUGCAUCAAUCUUUUUAUCAAUGAAAUUAGAAGAUUGUAGAACAAAAGGAAUUGAUGAAUUAAAAAAAUGUUGUUGUGAUCAAUUCAAAGAGAUAAAACGAAUUGAAGAAAGUGAAUUAUUAUUAUAUGAACGUAAGGUACUUGUUGGUAUUAAUUUUGAAUUAAAUAUUGAAACUCCACACUUAUAUUUAAAUAAAUUAACUAAUGGAUUUUCAAUAGAAACAAAUUUAAAAUUAGAUGCAUGGGCAUUUACAAAUGAUUUAUGUUGUACACAUGUUGUACUUACACAUACACCAUUUUGUAUUGCAUUGUUAUCAUUAUGUUUUUCUUCAAAACAACAUAAAUUUGAUUUAAGUUAUGAUUGUGAUAUGAUUCGAUCUCAAUGCCAAAAAUUAUCAUUGAAAUGUCCUGAAGAAACUCUGAGCAGGACUGGAAAAAUUCAUUUAUUAGAAUUUUUUGCUAUUAAAGCUGAGUAUGUUCAAGAAGCAAUGUCAGCUUUAACUCAAUUCUAUAAUCCUUAAUGCUGUACUUCUUUUUCUU